UUAAGCCGGUCUACUUAUUAUUGCAGUAGUGCUAGCUAGUUUGAGAAGCUGCAAAAAUGGAAGUAGCGUUGAACCACGACACCAAAAGCAGCAUCGGAUCCGAGUCGGAUACCGACGUCGAAGACUCCGUUGAGGCCGGAUUGUUUCCGAGGAAACCACGCCCGCAGUUCUCCAGUGUUAAGGCAGAUAACGGCGACGCAGAAGAACCGUCCGAUAAUAGCACAUAUUUACACAAAUACGGAGGAGCAAUCGAAGAUCUGCACAUUCAAAAAGUUGUGAACUCCGUACAGUACGAUGGUAACAACAACGGAGAAACCGAAAUAGAGAGACAAACCGCCAUUAAUGGUGGCGGAGAUGUAGCGAAAGCGAAAGAAAAACCAGAACAGAUUGAAGAAGAAAUCAUGGAGGAGGAAGUGGUGGAGUUGGAAUUCGAGAAGGCGAUACCGAAACUCCACACGCAUACGAUGCACUGCCCGAAUUGUGAUAAUCAGAUUACCAAAGUAGUUCUUCGCCGGAAAAUAUUCAGGAGGCAACUUGAUUCCCAUCCUGAACCUGAACAACCAGACGAAACCCGAGAUGUGCUCGGAUGCUUUUCGUGCUUAAGCUUGUUCACUCUCGCAGAUAAUGGAGGCUUCAACCCUUUUGCUAUAUUUGGGAAUAAUAAUACAAAUUCGAGUGCUGAUGGAAACGGUGUCGAUAGGGAGGAAGGGAACUGUUUGAACAUCUUUAGAGUUUUCCGUAGAGAAAAAGAUUCUGAAAAACCGAAUCCAAAGAUCUACCAAGAUUCCAAGCAUCCAAAACCGAUUGACCAAGAAUCCCAAAAGACAAAACAUAAAAAACCUGACCACCAAUCUCAAAUCCAACAAGGAGAGAAAAGCCAGCCAGAUGCGAAAGGCAGACAACCACUUUUAAGCGGUGGACUCCCGCCUCAUUAUGAUGAUCAAGAUCAACUACAUGGACAGGGGGACUCGAGACUCGAUAUUCUACCAGACAUAUCUACUGAAACCCAAGAUCCACCACGACGAUCAGCACGACAAGAUUCUACAUCAUUUGAGAUCUUGAAGAGCAUUGUUUAUGGAGGGUUAAUGGAGGUGAUUGCUAGUUUAAGCAUUGUAGCAUCUGCUGCUGCUGGUGAUGCCACCACACUGAACAUCGUAGCUCUAGCGUUGGCGAAUCUAAUUGGUGGAGUCUUCGUCAUUGGCCACAACCUUUGGGACUUAAAAGACGAUUGUUACAAAUUCUCUACUCAACAAACAAGCAAUGACCAAGAAGCUGUAACCAAAUACAAAGAGUUACUAGGUUCCGUCGAACAUUUCCCAUUGCACGCGUUCUUCGCUAUACUAUCUUUCCUCGUGUUUGGAAUCAUACCACCCGUGGCCUAUGGGUACGCGUUUCAUGAAACCAAUGAUAGGGACUUCACCAUGGUGGUUGUUGCAGUUGCAUCUUUUGUAUGUGUCGGUUUGCUAGCGAUAUUCAAGGCGUACAUUGAUCGGUGCACUGAGUUCUCGGGGUAUGUUAAGACUAUAACGUAUUAUUUGACUACCGCGGUUGCAGUCUCGGGUGUGUCUUAUGCAGUUGGGGAUUUGGUUGAGAGACUGAUUGAGGAGCUCGGGUUGUUUGAGACGAGUUCCAACAUAUCAAUGGCGGUUCUUCCUGAAGUCAUGUCUAUGAAUCCGUCAGUGGCAUAUUAUUGAUGUUUUGGUUACUUGUGUUAUUUUCGGCGUGUCAGGAUGUUUUCGUAAGUGUCGAAGAUGUUUGUUAUUUUCA